GCGCGCGGCUCUGUCGUCACUCGUGCGCGCCGCCGUCGCUCGCCGGGGCGGCCGGAAGGUGGUCAUGGCGAGCUCCGCCGCCACCGCGGUGCGACCGCCGAGGCCCAAGAAGGAGCCGCAGGCCCUUGUCAUCCCCAAGAAUGCGGCGGAGGAGCAGAAGCUCAAACUGGAGCGGCUCAUGAAGAACCCGGACAAAGCAGUUCCAAUUCCAGAGAAAAUGAAUGAAUGGGCACCUCGUCCUCCCCCAGAAUUUGUCCGAGAUGUAAUGGGCUCAAGUGCUGGGGCUGGCAGUGGAGAGUUCCACGUGUACAGGCAUCUGCGCCGGAGAGAAUACCAGCGACAAGACUACAUGGAUGCCAUGGCUGAGAAGCAAAAAUUGGAUGCAGAGUUUCAGAAGAGACUGGAAAAGAAUAAAAUUGCCGCGGAGGAGCAGACUGCAAAGCGGCGGAAAAAACGCCAGAAGUUAAAAGAGAAGAAAUUACUGGCAAAGAAAAUGAAACUUGAGCAGAAGAAACAAAUAGAAGGACCCAGUCAGUCCCAGAAGCAGCCAUCCAGUAGCUCGGAGGAGGCAUCUGGAACAGAGGAGGAAGAAGAGGAAGACGAGCCCAGCUUCAUGGGGCGAUGACAGCGUUUGCACAGCAGCUGUCUCGAGGCUGGCUGGUUCUGUGGUCCGAGGGAAAGGCGGCUUUUGGCUCAACCUCCCUUCCCAGGACCGGCCGCAUAGAGAACAUGUGGGACCCCUCCCGGACUGCUCACGGUCCCUCCCGUCAGCGGGGCUUGGAGCCCGUGGGACAAAGGGACUGUUUCCUGGACACCCAAGGGCACGCCUGGCAGACUUCAUCCGUGUUCCUUCUCAGGGGCAGUGCCUAACCUGUUCUCAUGGAUUUGAACAGUGGUGAGAUUGGGGCUGGUUUCUGUGAAGGGAGCGUUUAUUUAGUAAAGAACAGAAAACUUGUAGGUUUUGCUCAGA